UCUGUACCUAUGUAGCACCUUGAGGCGACUUUUGUUGUGAUUUGGCGCUAUAUAAAUAAAAUUGAAUUGAAUUGAAUGCCCGAGGUCCUUGAGCUGUCUGCCUCUCAUCAGCGCUGUAGCAUUAAGAAGGUGCUGUUCCAGGGCCUGUACAUAGGAACAUGCAAACAAACAUUUUUAAACAUUUGAUACAUAACUAUCAAGGUACAUAAGCUGUGUCCAGCCUACGAAUCCGCCCGACAAAUGUGUCCUGUUUUUUUCCCCCAGAUUUGAAGGAUGGGUCGUUGUGUCCUUUGUGGUCCACCAUAUUCCAGAAUUCAUAGCACGGCCCAGCCAAUUCCAGUUUCCAACAACGGCGGCCACUACUAAGUUUUAAUAUUACUCUUAUUAAUCUUUCUGGGUCACAAAAUAAUCUUUUAACAUAUAUAUUUUUAUUUUUAAACCCAUGAAAGCAUCCUUUUUUCCAGUAGCUAAAUCACUUUUUUUUUAUCUUAAAUUGUGUCGAGUGGAAAGUUUAGAUUUUUAAUGUCAUGUGUGAUGUUCUUGUAUGUGAUUUAAUUACUCAGAAAUUCCACAAAUGUGCCUCUUUUGACAACAAUCAUUGUAUACCUCAGUUUUAACUUUCAGUUCAGUUCUAGUUCAGGGUCACCUACACGGUAUCUGCCCACCCCGAGUCCAUCACAGGGUUAAAUAAUUUUGGUCUAAUUGAGUAGGAUUAAUGUGAACUCAUCAUAAGAAGGUUUUAGGUUUAUUCUUUAGUCCAGGCAAUAGGACUACCUCAAGCUUUACUUGAGUCAGGAUUCAAAGUUCUGUCUGUCAUUUUCCUUAACUCAUUCACUGCCAUUGACGUCUAUAGACAUCAAUGGCAGUGAAUGAGCAGUGGGGAGUUACCUGAUUUGAAAAUGGCUGGCAGUGAAUGAGUUAAUUAUGUUCAGCUGUGUCCAGUUCCCAAUUAGCCCUGAGUGUGUGAGAGAGUAUUUGUAGCCCUGUCUCUUAUCUUUUUAGUUAACAUGUUAGUUUAUGCUUCCUGAGAUUUUGUUGCUCUUCGUUUUCCUUGCAUUGUGGACUUGAGUGGAUAUCCCAAAUAAAGCAAGUGGAGAAGAGUCUGACGAAGCAGCAGAGCAACAUUUUUGAGUCAUUUAGGCUCAGUUUAGCCACCACAGAGGAAACGAUGACUUCAACAGAAAAGGAUCGAAAUGGGCAAAGAUGUCAGCCCUCUCAGGAGGCUGACAAACCCCACGGGGGAAGAAAAUACAGCUGCAAUGAGUGUGGGAAAGCUUUUACUCGAAAGGAGUCCCUAAGAAAACACACAGACGUCCACACUGCAGAGAUUCUGUUCAUCUGUGACUUGUGUGGAAAAUGUUUUACUUGCUUUGGUAAAUUGCAAAGACACCAACUAAUCCACAGGGGAUAUAAACAGUUUAGAUGUGACUUGUGUGGGAAGUCCUUUACUCAGCAAAGUGCCCUAAAAAAGCAUAAAGUCUCUCACAGUGAUAUUACAGCAUACCGUUGUGAUCAUUGUGGGAAGCGUUUUACUCAGAAAGAAGGCCUGGAAAACCACAAGUUCAUCCACAGUGGAGUUAAACCAUACAGAUGUGAUCAGUGUGGUAAAGAUUUUACUCAAAGUGGUAGCUUACGGAGGCAUGGAGUUACCCACUCUGGAAUUAAGGCGUACAGCUGUGACAUUUGUGGGAAAACUUUCAACCAUUUAGGGAACAGAAAUAGACACAAACGCAUUCACACAGGACAUGAGGUUUACAGCUGUGAUCAGUGUGACAAGCAGUUUACAGAAAAAAGAUACUUAAAACACCACAUGUUUACCCACACUGAGGAGAGACCGUAUAAAUGUGAACUGUGUGAGAAGACUUUUAAACUUUCAUCGUCCCUUAAAAUGCACAAUCAGAUCCACACCAGAAAGAAACUCCACAAGUGCAGUUACUGUGAGCAGAACAACCCAGAAGGAUCCAGUUUUGAACACUGCUAUCGUUGUGGUGGUGGGAAAGCAUUUCGUUGUGACAUUUGUAAAAAACCUUUCAGCCAGGAAAGGACCUUAAAAUUACAUCAACGUAGACACACUGGACACAAAAUGAACUACUGCAAAGAAUGUGGGAGAGGCUUCCCCACUCCAAGUAAAUUACGACAUCAUGAACUUAUACACAGUGGCAUUAAAAAGUACCUCUGUGGCCAGUGUGGGUCAUCAUUCGCCACUGCAGGUAACCUUAACAUGCAUAGACAAAUCCACAUGGGAGAGAAACCAUAUAAGUGCAGUCACUGUGAGGAAAGCUUCUCACAUUCAAGUACUCGUAACCUUCAUGAAAGAACUCAUAAAGCUACACCUGUGACUAGUGUAACAGGAGUUUGAUCUUAAAAGUAUUUUAAAGUGUAAAUAAUUUGUUUUAUCUUUGAGGAAUUAAAUGUGGUAUAACCUCCACACACUGUCCUGCUUACCAUUAAAGUUGAAUAUUGGUAAGUGUGGCUGUGUGGUGCUUAUACUAUUUUUCUCCACAAAGAGAAGGUUCCCAAGUUUCUUUAAGAAUUUUUUUUUUUUUAAACUUUAAAUGCAUAGAAAUUUCCUACUAAUUUUAUUUUUUAUCUUGUAUAGAACUUUUUAAAUGCUUAUUCAACCUGCUGUGGUAAUCCCUACUACUUUUCACAGAACUGAUCCAGAAACGUCAAAUGCAACGUAAGAAAAUGUUAGCGAAUGGGGAGAACUGCUGAUACAAUGGUAGAAUACAAAAUCACAAAAGACAAUGCGUUUCUGGGGAGACAAUUUUGCCAACGA